GACAACCCGUUCUCGUGCAGCUUUGAGGUUCGUUUAUCUGAUCUUCAUUGUGGCGGGCUACAUCACUCUCUUCCCGUCCUUUCUUCCUCUUUGGCGCCUUUGAGCUUGUAGUGUUUCGUUUACAUACGCCUGGUGCGAUCAGUUUGAUUGAUCAGAUAUCCAAGCCAACCUCCUGGACCCUCCUGCGAUUCUUCACGCCUCCAGCAAUAUGAAGCUGCUCACGUUUCUCGCCGUCGGCGCUGGCUUCGCCGCCUCCGCACCCCUCAUCUCAGAGCGGCAAGCCGGUUCGGCCUGCUUUAUCAUCGGCAACCAGACCCUCCCCCAGGAGACAGCCGACGCGGUCAAGCAGCUGCAAUCGACCGUCACCUGCGACAGCUCCCGAACAACCAUCUCGGGCGUGCCCGACGUCUCCUCGGGCGGCGUGACCUUCUCGUCCAUCAACUUCGCCGCCGCCUCGUCGCAGACGCCGCUGGAGUUCGCGCUGAGCAGGUUCGCGACCCCAACGCCGCUGCGGGACGCCGACCUCGCGACCUUCCAGAACCAGCUCAACGUCUACCUCGCCACCGAGGCCGGCAUCCGCUCCGUCGGCGGCGGCCUCGCCAUCAAGGUGCCCAAGUUCUUCCUCGAGUUCCAGGUCUCGCGCAUCCAGACCGCCCAGGGCAACCCGCCUGCCGCCGCGGGGCUGCAGGUCGAUCAUCUGCUGCAGAAGGUGCUGAAGAAUGCGGCGGGGGAGAGCCAGCGGCUGCUGGACCAGGUCUCGGCGCUGGCCAAGGUUCUCGCGUGAGGGUGAGGGAGGAGGUGUUUGAGUGUCAGGGUAGGGAUAGGGCAGCA